CUUGACUAGCAUCCCCAAAGGAUCAUAAAUGAGGCUAUGCGCAAUGUAUGACUUCGCCAGUCUAAAUUACAUCGCCGCAAGAUAUGCCGGCCAUGGAAUGCCACGCGCAUUUGGAUGCGCCGAAGUCCUUGCGCAAAUGAUUCUGGCUGAGAUUUCUGAUAAAGAGUGGAAGGAGCCAGAUUGGCUUCCACAGCGUUAUCUGACAUGGAAUAGACGAGUCAAGUAAGAUCUUACGGAGCAUGCCGUUGGGAAUAUGGAAGGACUAGUUAUCAAGGAACUCAUUUUCGAGUGCGACAGCACCAACCUCUGUAAAUGAUGUCCAAGCAGCGAGGGAUAUCAGGUGUAGGGUUUUUACAAUGAUUGGAAUUCUACCACGAAUUGUAGGGUUGGGAUUCGAUCAGGACUUCGUGCAGCGGCUGCCAGUACUCAACACGUGGCUUCAUUUCCCUUCUACUAGCUGCUUGUGACACUCCAGCAAGC